CCUUGCUGUGGUGGAAUGUGGGUGCUAACUUGUGUUUUGGGUCUUACACGGUCUUGUAACAAGAGAAAUGCUGAAAUUUCAAGAAACUGCUAAGCAUGUCACUGUUGCCAGAUUUAAUUCUGCUUGCUCAGAUGCUGUGAUUGCCAGAAGAUACACUAUUCAGAAGAAACUUGGUAAUGGAAGCUUUGGAAGUGUGUAUUUGGUUAAUGACAGAAAAGCAAAACAAGGAAAAGAAUUAAAGGUCCUAAAGGAAAUCUCUGUUGGAAACCUAAAGCCUAAUGAAACAGUUGAAGCAAAUCUGGAAGCACAGCUACUCUCCAAAUUAGACCAUCCAGCCAUUGUCAAAUUUUAUGCAAGCUUUGUGGAGCGAGAUAGUUUCUGCAUUAUCACUGAGUAUUGUGAGGGUGGAGAUCUAGACUUUAAAAUUCAAGAGUACAAAGAUUCUGGGAAGAUGUUCACUCAAAGCCAAGUUAUAGACUGGUUUAUACAGUUAUUACUCGGAGUCAACUAUAUGCAUGAAAGACGGAUACUUCACAGGGAUUUGAAAACCAAGAAUAUAUUUUUGAAAGAUAAUCUUCUUAAAAUUGGAGACUUUGGAGUUUCUUGUCUUUUGAUGGGUUCAUGUGAUCUUGCAACUACUUUUACUGGGACACCACACUGCAUGAGUCCAGAAGUACUGAAGCACCAGGGAUAUAAUACAAAAUCUGACAUUUGGUCUCUGGGAUGCAUUUUGUAUGAGAUGUGCUGUAUGAACCAUGCAUUUGCAGGACAGAAUUUUUUGUCUGUUGUGUUAAAAAUUGUGGAAGGUGAAACACCUUCUCUCCCUGAUAGAUAUCCAAGCAAACUGAAUGCUGUGCUAUGCAGCAUGUUAAAUAAGAAUCCUUCAUUGAGACCAGCAGCAGCAGAGAUCCUAAAAUCCCCUUAUAUUGAUGAACAACUGAAAAAAACACAGUACAAGUUCACAAACAUUACUGUGAAAGACAAGGCACUUAACUGGCAGAAAGAAACUGCUCCCAUUUUUGGUGCUGUACAGAAGAAAGUUCAUUUGCAAACUCUGCAGGAACUUUCUGAAGUACAGAAAAUGACACCGCGGGAACGAAUGCGGUUGAGGAAGUUAAAUACUGCAGAUGAGAAAGCAAAGAAGUUGAAGCAGCUGGCAGAAGAAAAAUAUCAAGAAAAUAUCAAAAGAAUGCAAGAAUUCAGGUCCCGUAAUUUUCAGCAGCUGAAUGUCAAUGUCCUACAUGAAUCUGAUGAGCAGACUUCAAAACAUCUCAUUCAUUCUCAGCCAGCCACUACGGGGAACUUUGUGUCCACAGGACAUGAUGAACCAAGAGGGAAUGGGACAAGUGAAAUCAGCGUGUCUGAACUUACAGACCAUGAGAUCCCUGAAGACCCAGAAAUUGCAGAAGAAUAUUAUAAAGAUGAGUUUGAAUCCUAUUCAGAAGACAGUGAAGAAGAGGAAGAUGCAGAAUUGUCAUGGACAGUCUCUAAGACAAAUCACCAGGACAGUGAUAUGGAGGCAAUGGUUGAGCACUUGGAGAGUGUCCUGAAUAGCAGCUCAUUGGGCUCAAGGACUGUCACCGGAGUGUCUCCAGGGGUGCCCCAGGGAUUCAGAGCUCUCAACAGCACAAUGGCUGAGACCAAGCUGAAACACAUGAGGGAAUCUGCCAUUGGGAAGCUGGGAGUGGAGACAUUUGAGGCCGUGUACAGCUGCCUCAAGGAAGCGAGACAGCAGAAUGCCAGUGAGGAGCAGAUCAGGAGCUGUUUGGAGAAACUGGUUUCUAGAGCAAGUGAUUGCUUCGAAGUGGAUCAGCUGCUCUACUUCGAGGAACAGCUACAGGCUUCAGAGCCACACCUGCAGCUGUAACAGUGUGUCAGCAACAGCUGGAAAUGGUGUCGAGGGGAAAGGGACCUCCUUCAGGCCAGCAGGCAAGUACAGAAGGUGUUUGGAGGACAGUGCUGAAGGUAAUGUAGUACAUAGGCAUGUAGGUAAGCCUCAUUUGAGAGUCCAGACUGC